AUGGAAAGCAAUACAAAUGAAAGUAAUGAAGAAAAUGGGGAUACAUUAAAUGGUCCAAUGGAAAAGAUUGAGAAUAGAAAUAAUGAUUAUGCUUUAAAUGAAAAUAGUGAAGAAAAAAAAAAAAAAAAAAAAAGUGAAAAGCUAUAUAAAUCUAUUGAAUUACAUUAUUUAGUAAAUGCAUUACCAUACAUUGAUUCGUAUGAUAAUGAAUUGGAACAAAAUGCUAAAAAGCUAAUUGAAGAAGAAAUGAAUAUAAUGAAAGAAACAAAUCAAGUAAAAGAAUAUUUAGAAAAUUUUCCGAUUCCUGAUUUAUUAUAUUUAAAUAAUAAAAAUUCAAUUAUACAGAAUGAAUUAAAACGAUGUGAACAAAAUAAUAAAAUGAGCUUACUUAAUUUUGAUCAUUAUGAUAUUGAAAAUAAUUCAACAAGUAAUAUAAAUAAUAAUAAUACUGUUAAUCAAGCUAAAAAAACGUUUGAAAAUCAUCAGCUAGUUUUAGAAAAUUUACAUAAUGCUUUAAUUAAUAUAGAACUUAUGAAUAAAUACAAAGAAGUCAUAUGGAGUGAGCAUAUGAAAACAUUUACUCAAGUUGAUAUUAAUUUACAAAAUUCAAUUAAAUUAUUAAAAGAAAAUAUUGAUAAUAUAAAUAAAAAAAGAAAACUACACCACUUAAGUUAUGUUAACGAUUUAACAACUUUACAAAAUGAACGAAAAGAUUUCAAAAGAAAAAAUUCGCUAGUUCUCAAAGAAAUUAAAAAAUUAAUAUCAGAAAAUAUGUUAAUGAAAUACAAGCAAAAUAUAAUUUAG